AUGGCAGCCCUCAGUGAGGAUUUUACCAACAAUUCCUACGAUCACAGAGACAGGCAUAUGGGAAUGCAGGGGCUUUACUCUUGGGGAGCAAAAAGCCAAACCAGGUUUUCAGCAUCACGGUUAACUCGGCGGGGAAAGGUCGGUUUUAGCAGUGAAAGGCACCCGCCGAAGGGCCAGGGGGUGCUGACUUGCCCUCGGGGCGGGGGGGGGGCCGGCCGCAGGCUGAGCAGCCGGCCAGGCUGCUGGAAACGAAGCCCGGGCUGCCGCCCUGCUCCCUUGGGCCGCCGCCCAGCGCCCGGCUGUCCCGUCCCCUCGGGCUGGGGGCUGACCGGGCGGCAGGGCAGCCCCCGCCCGCCGGUGCUGGCUCGGCCGUGGGCAGCGGGGGGCGGCCCAGGUACGGCCCUGCGCCUCCGCCGCGCCCUUUCCAGGAAGCGCCGCCGCCCCGAGAGGCGCUGUCCCGCCAGCCGCGCUCCUCAGCUGCCGCCGGAGCCUCGCCGGGACAGAUACCACACCAUGUUUGCGGUUUUGGUGCUGCUGUGUCAACUGUGUGCGAUGGUGUUUGCAUUUCCUCACUGUGCAGGGAGAGUAAAUGACAUGAAGCAACCUGAAUGGAAAGACGUGUUCACAUCAGAAAAGGAGGCAAAUUUAUUCAUUGGACGACAUCUUCUGAAUAACAGAUUUGAUUUUGAAGCAUUCACAGCUGAUAACCUGGAAAGAGAAUGCCUUGAAGAGCUGUGCAAUUAUGAAGAAGCGAGAGAAAUUUUUGAAGACCCUGAUAAAACGAUGGAUUUUUGGAAAGACUAUUCAACUAAAGGCCCUAGAAUAAAAAUAGGUGAUGAGACGCUACAAAAGAUUAAUGUUACAGGACUUCUCAUCAGUCUAGUUGCCGCUGGAGUACUGUUAGUUAUAAUUGCACUGCUUAUCUUCUACUGCUGCAAAAGUAGAUGCAAAUCAAGGCAACCACGGGGGUACUUGGAUUAUGCAAGAAGUAGAAGACGUAAUUCAUCUAGCAUCUUCAGAAGGCAUGAAGAAUUUUCUUUAAACCCACUUCCUCUCAGAACGGAUGAUUCAGGACUACCAACUUAUGAGCAAGCAGUUACUUCAGAUGGACAACACAACGUGCCACCACCCCCUUAUCCAGGGCCCCCGAAAGGAGUACGUGUAAUUAAGAAGUCUAUGUCACUUCCUGCCCCUUAGUGACAAACCCCCUUCUGGGGUGAGGGGGGUUUACUGAAACAUAACAUGCUUUUUUAAAAAGUGUGUGCUACCUUGCAUGUUGCAAGACAGUUUACAAAAAUGUGAAAGAUCUUUAGUGCAACUAGGAACAAGUGAAGGUCCCACAUGGGGGUGAUCGGAGGUGAUCUGUUCCAAAGGCUGCAGGAUUAUUCUCUGCACAAGGUUAUUGUGCUAAGGACGGAACGCAUGAAGACUAAGUCUUGUACUGCCACCCCCUUCCGUAUGCACUUUGAGCCAUCCCACUGUGCUAUUGAUGUUUCAUUAAUAGUUUCAUGUGUUUUUUCUUUAGAAGGAACAGUAUUUUUAAUUGGUUUUAUUGACACUAAUCAUUCUUUGUGACUGUUAAUACUGUCAACCACCAUAAGAAGUCUACUUUGUUGUUUGAUGUAUUCACUUCAUUGCUGUGUGAAUUUUCUAUUUGUUCUAGUAAUAGAUUUGAGUAUGAAAAUCAUUUAAUGAUUUGAUCUUUCAAAUUAUACAUAUCACUGCUUCUGGAUUACACUGUGGAUUACAAUGAUUUAGACACUACUCAAUUUUUUGUAUUUUUGUGAUUACAAUUUUGGAUGAAAGGAACCAUUAAUUGCAUGGCAUGUUACCCAUUUGACAAAAUACACUUUUAUCAAAUGGUUUUGGUAUUCAGCGUUAAAUACCAGCUCGAGGAGAAUGAGUACUGUGGGUCAGGGGACAUUAAGCAAAUAGCUAGAGAUUUGUCCCUUGUUAAAGAAGUACUCAAGUUUUACAGGUAAUGUUUGUCUUGCUGUUUAAAAAUUUAAACGUUGAAAAAGAUAUUUAGUUUCUUGAAUCAAAGGCCAAACUACCUCUCAGAAGCACUUUGCAUAAGUUUGUAUUGACCUGCUGGGAUGACAAAAUGAUACCUAUAAGUAGAAUGAAGCAUCAUAUUAGAUAAAUAACCAUUAUCCACAGAGCAAUAGUCAAGAAUUUCAGGGAGUUACUGUUUAACUGUAUCAACACAAUUUCUAUAUCUCCAGUUGUAGCCACCCUUAACUUUACAUCUUACUAAAAUAUCAACACCCAGCAUUAUACGGCCUACAAAUCUUGCCGUGCUGAGCAAGUCACAGUCCGAGACUGCUGUCCCUUCCCACAGGAAGCCGUAUUAGAAGGUCUUGCAGGCAGCAGGUUGGGCUGGUGUUUUCUUGUGUUACAAUAGCUAUAUUAGCUGGACACAUGCAAUGAUGUUUUUUUUACAAAGCAACAAAUUCUGCCCCCACCUGGACAUACACACACUCCCAUUUGACCAUUGCUCACAGCAGCAAAUGGUAUUCUAAUUUGGUGCCUAAAAUGCACUUUAUAUUAUAAAGAUUGAAUAUUUAUAUGUAACAUUUUGCUGAAUUUUGUGAGGUUUAACAUGCUAGAACCUACAGUGCUAUUGAGAUGCAGAAGAUUGCUAUAAGAUUUUUAAUCUGUAAAUGCACUAAAUCUUGAAAUAUAGAGCGCAUUGAAAAAUGCUACACAAGGAGGUCUUACCCUUUGAAAAGUACAUAUAACCCAGCUGAUAUCGCUGGAUGUUGGGCUGUGUUCUUACUCCUGAAGCUUCAGCAUCAGAUUUGGCUUUUGACAUGACACUAACAUCUGCAUCUUCUUUCUUGUUGCGAGAUGGGGAAUCCCAGUUUUCUGCCCUACUUGUAAAAGCAUUCUGAAGUUCUUGGAGGUUACGAUUUUGUAAAACUGAAGUGAAUUGUGUGAGAUCAGUGUUGAUAACCAAAAUACAAUUAUGAUGAAGAUUUGAAAUUAUAAGCUUUCUCCCAUGUUUCCUUUUCAUGUAGCUAACAAUUUUUAAACUUGUUAAUGUGCAUCUUGAGCUAUAGAACACUUUUCUCUGGAUUCUUCCUGGGACUCAAAUGACUAAUUUAAUGGGACUGACAGGAGCGCUUUCAAGGAAAGGCAUUUUCAGAGUGCUUGUGAGGAUUCAGAUUCUUUAAUGUUACUAACAGUGAUGUACUCAUCCGGCAAAGUCACAUUUAAAUAAACUACAGAAAUUGUACAGAAACCUAUUUAAUCA